AUGAGAACAAUUCUAUCAGGUAUGUGGAUCGUUUGGUUGCUUGCGACGAUGAAUUCUUUUGUCGGGGCUGAUGAAACAACUCUCGGACCACGUUCUGGAAUGGCCUUUGCACAACGCUUGGUGGAUACAUUGCCACGUCUUCCUAACGUGAUUCACAGCCAAAUGGAAGGCAAGCCAGAAAAACUAAGAGAGAUGAUAUCACACAUGCUUGGUGAUGGUCUACUCAGUCAACUUGUUGUCGACCCUCUUGGAGUCGCCGAAGGCAUGGGAGUUCCACUCAACAGUUUAGGCAUCAAUAAAACAGCUGUGGAAAAGAAGUUUGAUUUCUAUCCAAAUAGCACUCUCAGUGAAAAACUCGUCACUGGAACGCCUACAACUACGGAGAAGGUCAUGUACCUAGAUGGCGUCCCAAUAAAAGAUUUUGAUCAGUUUCAGCAGCAGCCUACAGUUGGACAAAAGCCUAUCACAAACGACAAUUUUCACAACCUCAAUGUAAAUACGCUUGAUUCAAGAAGGAUUCAAGAUGUGGACACAUUACUGAGGAGAGCACCUCAGAAGUUUGGUGAGUUCAAAACAGAUUUUUCACACAAUAUGUUAGAAGGGGCCGUUGGUAGUCUUCCCACUUCUUUCAUUCAAUCAUUGGAUCCAGAAAUAGAUGAGGUAGUGACGAGCCUUCGUACCGGCAACGUGAUGAAUGUUGAACGUGUAAGACAGUUGCAAAGCAUUUUACAAACUUACGAACAGAGUCUUCAAACAAAAGAAUUAAUCGCAAAACGAAAACAGUUGCAACUGUUGCAAAGCGAGUUGGUUGAGCAAAGAAGGAAAAUAGAGGAGCAAAAGAGAAUGGAAGAGGAACUGAGAAAAAAGGAGCAGGAGCUGGAAGAACAGAGAAAAAAUAUGGAAAUUCAGCUCCGGCAGCAGCUGCAUAUGUGGCACAACUCCUUUAGUGUUCCAAAGCUGAAAUAUUUUGCUAAAGUGAUUGGUACAAGUUUCAGCGAGGAAUCCGAAGAGAUUGCAUCAUCAUGCUCAUGCCAAAAAAUUUCCUUGCAAAAAAUGAAGGGAAAAUGGUUGAUGGCCCUUGCGUCUAAAUCUUUGAUAGGGAAGAUGGAGGUACGAUUAAAGCACACUUUAACCAGUAAGUUUGAUGAGGGACACCUCGUGGCUCAAGAUGCCCCGAUUUCAUGGGAAUUUCGCACAACGACAUCGCCUAAACUUUACCAGGUAGUUUAUUUCAGUGUUCACCCGUAUUAUGAAAUUAACAUUCACGUCGAACUAAGCAGCAAUUACAGUGUUGGCCAUUGUUUGUUCAUUUGCAAUGAACACAGCUAUCUCAGAAAUAGAGAGUCGGCUCAACAAGAAUUCAACUACCUUCAUAAAAAAAACGACAAACCUCAAGCAGCAGCCAAAAGCACGGGUGAAAAAUGCGAAAUAUUUCGUGGACGAUGA